CACCCACCACCCACCCACCCUGAACAUGAUACAGUCCAGUUCAUUGACUCUAACGGUUCAGUGUUGUCAGUGUUGUUAUUCACAUGGACAUGUUGGCUGUCCCUGCAGACAGACAUAAAGGAUGGUACCUUUCUCUGAUGGCACCCAACACAAAAGGACCAAUGUUUGCCUGGCUGGACCCGUCCAGACUCUACUGCAACUCCCAGGCUCUUGCAGACUGUGUCAAAGACCUUCUCAGUCCAUUCCACAAUGACACCAUUGACCUGGUUGCUGGGAUAGAUGCAAUGGGAUUCAUUCUUGGGGCGUCUGUUGCCACGACCCUCGGAAAAGGUUUCCUGGCCGUCCGUAAAGCGGGACACCUGUGUGUCGAAACCCAAAACCAAAGCUACACAGACUACACAGGCAGAGAAAAGACUAUGGAAGUAAGGCUGGAUGUGCUAAAACCAGGUAUGAGGGUGCUGCUAGUGGACCAAUGGAUAGAGACUGGGGGCACUAUGAAGGCUGCAAUCCAGCUGGUGGAGAGGCUGGGAGCCACUGUUGUAGGCGUGGCAGCUGUCGCCAUCGAGAACACCGAAGGAGGAAAAUGGAUUAAAGAAAAUUACAAAUUCUCUCACUGCAUCCCCGAAGAGCUGCAGAGUCAGAUCGACCAGAAGUAUCUGGAGUCCUUCAAAAGCUUCAACAACUGAAGAAGAAAACGUGAUUUCUUACAACUAAAGAAGAAAAGGGGAAUAGUGAUAUUUUCUAAGGUUGAGGUUUAAAUAAAUCUCUCUCUCUCUCUCAGGCUCCACUCACAUCUCCAGGCUGCCUCAAGGUUUUUAGGUUUCUUUCUUUUCAUGGCACACAACACCUCGCAUCUACACAUUUUUACUCAUGCAUACAUGCACCUUCACCACCGCUUCACUGAUUAACACACCCCAUCGUUUCUUUGGCCUGAUUCUGGUCUAAGUUGUUUGUGUUUACAAUAAAUUACUUUAAUUUUGGCCUUCAA